AUGUCAGGCUGGGAAGGUGGCAAAAAGAAACCUGUGAAACAGGCCAAGAAGCAGGCCAAGGAAAUAGACAAGGAAGAUAAAGCUAUCAAGCAGAAACAAAAAGAGGAGAAGAAACUCAAGGAGCUAAAAGCCAAGGCCACAAGGAAGGGACCCCUGGCCACAGGUGGAGUUAAGAAAUCUGGCAAAAAGUAA